AAAUAUUAACAAUUGACAAUGAGAUGACUAACCUAUCUAUCUUGAAGUGUUUUGAUUUUUUCUACGUGGAAUUCUUAAUCUAGGUGAAAAGAAAUUUAAUAUUAUAUAUAAGCCAAACCCCAAGUCAUACUUAUCUCUUUCAAAAAGAAAACUUUACUUGACUCGAGAGUCUAGUAUAUCGAUGAACAGAAUAUUAUUACCGUUGCAUGUAGGGUCUGUAAGGACAUAAUUUAUUCGAGUUCAAUUUUUGAAGUUUAAGAGGGUGUAACGUACCGUUACCACCAACCAUACUUGAGGGGUUGCUGUACAUAAAUAGGGUAGUUGUGGAGUUUAUUAUUUCAUCAAAUCAAUAUAUCCUUUGUAUCCAUUAUCCCAAGUGUGGAAAAAGAGAAAUUAAAGAGGUGAUCAGAUCAAAUAAUGGGUGACCUACUGACUUUUGGUGUGCAAGAAACUUUGAAGCAGGCUGUAACUCUUGUAGCCAAAAAAAUUAUUGCGUCAAGUGAAUUUAAGGUGGUGCUAGAAGAGCUAAAAGAUGAUCUACUUCAUGCUGAAUGGAUCCUCCAUGCCAUAAAAACAAAGCAUGAUCAUUCACUCAAUGACAAAAUAACUCAUUGGGUGAAUGAUCUUCAACUUUUUGUUUAUGAAGCUGAGGAUAUGUUAGACUUGUUUGCUUAUGACGAUGUUGAACGAAAAAUAAGAUCAAACAAGGUAUUUCCUAAUUCCUUAUGCACCAUAAAACCCAUGCUUGAUUGUUUUUCUUUGGUCGUCUUUGGUUCAACUAGGAUGAAAAAAAUGAAGGAAAUUAUAGUUGUGUUAUCAAAACACUGCACCAAGUUACUUCAAUAAGUACAUCUUGACAAUACAACCCGAAAAAUAGAGAGUGAAGUUGAGCAGGUUGAAGAGACAACUUCACUGCUUGAAAAUUAUGUGGUGGGAAGGGAGAUGGAAGUUGAAAGCAUAGUUCAAGAUGUGAUUGAGGCUAGUCAACAACAACUCAAUUCUAUUUUACCCGUUUAUGGAACGGGUGGAUCAGGAAAAACCACUUUGGCCCAGUUGGUGUUUAAUGACGAGAGGAUUGGAAAACAAUUUCAUCAUACUGUUUGGGUAUGUGUGUCUCAACCUUUUGUCAUCAACGAGAUCUUGCAGUCAAUCUUGAAAAAGGUAAGCAAAAGCAACGAUAAUCGUAGCAAGGAUGAUAAGGACACCUUAAUUCGCAAUCUUAAAGAAGUGAUGGGUGGAAAAAGAUAUUUUCUUGUGCUUGACAAUGUUUGGAAUGAAAACAAAAUGUUAUGGGAGAAGUUGAAGGAAUGCUUAAUGAGUAUUGUUGAAGAAUUAGGAAGCAGUGUCCUUGUCACGACCAGGAGUCGUAAAAUUGCAGAAAUGAUGAAAGAAACACUUGACACCUAUCAUUUAAACAAAUUAACUGAUGAUCAAUGUUGGUCAGUAUUUAGCUACUUUGCCAAGGCGAAUGCAGUACCAAUAACUUCCAAUUUGGAGCUUGUGCGAGAAGAGGUCGUUAAAAAAAUUGGUGGCCUUCCAUUACUUGCUAGAGUUUUGGGAGAAGCCGCUCAAUUUUCUGGAGACUACGAAAAAUGGGUGGAAAUUUUAAAAUCUAUUCCAACAACUCCAUUAAAAUAUGAAGAGUCGUCAUAUGUUAAAUACAUAUUGAAGUUAAGCGUGGAUCGUCUACCAAAAGCUUCAAUAAAGCAAUGUUUUGCUUACUGUUCAAAUUUUCCUAAAGGUUAUUGGUUUGACAAAAAACAAGUGAUUAAAAUGUGGAUGGCACACGGGUUUACUCGACCAGAUGAAGGAAAUAAUGAAACAAUGGAGGAUACAGGAAAGAGGUACUUCAAUAUCUUAUUGUCUUAUUGCUUAUUUCAAGAUGCUGAUGAUGACAAAUGGCAUAUUGGUAGGAAGUUUCGUAUGCAUGAUCUUAUACACGAUAUUGCUUGUGAUGUUUCAAGCGAUAAAAGGUUGCAAUUAGAUCAUAGCAGUUCAUCAAAGUGGAAAGGUUUGACAGAAGAGAAAAAAAAUGUUUGUGAGUUACCAAACUCAAUUUCUAAGUUGAAACAUCUUAGAUAUCUAGACAUUUCACGUUGUUAUUCAAUAAAGAAGCUUCCAGAAUCUAUUGUUGGGCUUUAUAAUUUGCAAACAUUGAGGCUAUUUUGCUUGACGAAUGAUCUUCUACCAACAAAUUUGAGACGAAUGGUUAGUUUAAGGCAUUUGGAAAUUCUAUUAAUGGGUAUUGAUUUACCCCCUAAAUUUGAAAUGCCUCCAUAUUUGAGCGAAUUGGUUCAACUUCAAACGUUGUUUGCUUUUGCAGUAGGAUUUGAGACGGGUCGUAAGAUUUCUGAACUUGGGGGUCUUAGAAACUUGAAAGAAACUUGUCGUGGCGUGGAAAGUGGAAGAAUAGUGGAGAAUCAGAAUGAUUUGGAAGUGUUUGAAGGACUUGAACCACACAAAAAUCUUAAAGAUUUGAAAAUCCAAUCCUUUUUAGGUGGGUGUUUUCCGAAGGAGACUUUUGUUGAGAAUUUAGUAACAAUAACUCUACGUAAAUGUGGAAAUUGUGAAAAGCUUCCAAUGCUUGGGCAAUUAAGCAAGCUAGAGGCACUUAUAAUUAUAUCAAACUUUCCAAAAGUAAAGAGUAUAGGCAAUGAAUUCUAUGGAAAUUAUAAUGACGGCCAAAGCAAGAGUAGUGUAGUAUUCCCCAAGUUGAAGGAAUUUUAUGUUAUUGCGAUGUACAGCCUAGUUGAAUGGGAAGAAGUGGUAAAUAAUGUUAAAGCUUUUCCUCGUCUUGAAUGUCUGCAUAUUGUUAAAUGUACAAAAUUAGUGAAAAUUCCAGAUGUUUAUUUUUGGUUACUAUGGUAAUGAUGGCGAGAAACAUCUUAACUCUGUGGAUAUUAGACUUUGUAACCAACAGUUGAAACUUCCAAAUGGGUUACAAGCAUACCCAUUUGAAGAUUUUGGGGGAACUAGAAAAGGGGUUCAUUGCAGAUGUGAAGAAGUUUGGGCGAUUACUGCCGGAGAUUUGGACUGACGCUCAGAAGAUCCGUACAGCACUUCUUUUCCACGAGUCAGGUACAAGAUUUAUAUAGUAGACAUCAGCAUUAAAAAUUGUCUUUUCUUCUUUAAUUAAUUUUGAUCAUUCUAUUAGUUACUUAAAUUUGCUUCCAAAUUCACUCAAAAUCUUAUUGUCUUGUUGCUUAUUUCAAGAUGUUGAAGAUGAAAGUGAGAUAGGUCAGAAGUUUCUUAUGCAUGAUCUUAUACAUGAUAUUGCUUGUCAUGUUUCAAAUGAUGAAAAAUUGCCAUCGGAUCAUAGCCUUUUAUCAAUGAGGAAACAUUGGACGAACGAUGAUAAAAUAGUUGCGAGCAAGCUACGUACGGUAAUAGAUAUGGAGAAGAAUAUUGAUAAGAUUGGAGACUUUGUGCGUUUGCGUGUUUUGACAUUUUCAUAUGAAUUUCCAAGUUGAAGCACCUAAGAUAUCUAGACAUUUCAAGUUGUGAUUUCAUAAGGGAACUUCCAAAAUCUAUUGUUGUGCUUUAUAAUCUGCAAACACUGAGGUUACCUUACUUAGUGAAUGGUCUUCUACCAAUAAAUUUUAGACAAUUAUGGUUAGUUUAAGGCAUUUGGAAUUUUCACUUGAAGAUAGUGAUGUAUCCCCCGCAUUAGAAAUGCCUUUAUAUUUGAGUGAAUUAACUCAACUUCAAACGUUGUCUGCUUUUGUAGUAGGAUUGAAGAAGGGUUGUAUGAUUACAGAACUGGGGAGUCUAAGAAAGCUGAAAGGUUUGUUGGUGAUGCUAUGUUUAGAACAUGUUGAAAGUAAAGAGGAAGCCAAGAGUGCAAAAUUGGUGGAAAAAGAGAAGGUAGAAGAACUACACUUUGUGUGGAGUACGGAAAGCCAUAGAAUAUAGUGAAGAAUGAGAAUGAUUUUGAAGUGUUGGAAGGACUUGAACAACACAAUAAUCUGAAAUAUUUGGAAAUCGAAUCCUUUUCAGGUGGGCAGUUUCCCAACCAGAUUUUUGUUGAAAAUUUAGUAAAAAUAACUCUAAUUGAAUGUGGAAACUGUGAAAAGCUUCCAAUGCUUGGGCAAUUAACCAAGUACUUAGAAAUACUUGUUAUUUUUCGAUUACGAAAAGUAGAGAGUAUAGGCAAUGAGUUCUAUGGAAACCAAAGGCGUAGUAGUAGUACUGUAUUCCCCAAGUUGAAGGAAUUUUAUGUUGAUGAGAUGGACAGCCUAGUUGAAUGGGAAGAAGCUGUGUCAAAUUAUAAUGUUAAAGCUUUUCCACGACUUGAAUGUUUGCAUAUUAUUUCAUGCAAGAAAUUAUUGAAAAUUCCAGAUGUUUUUGGUUAUUGUGAUGAGGAUGAUGGGGAGAAGCAUCUUAAAUUUGUGGAGUUUCGUUUCUGUGACCAACUAAAGGAACUUACAAAUGGGAUACAAUCAUGCCAUUCCAUUCAACAUUUCGUCUUAGACAAAGGUUCAAAUUUGUGGUCUUUUGUUACUACAACUACAAGAGGAGGCCCCUUGGCUCAUUUGCUAUUCCAACGUCCGAUCAUUUUUUUUGAAAGAAGACACGGGUCCUUCAUGAACAAAAGAAUUAGAUAACUGCAACAAAUGCAGAAAAUGCGAGCUUACGACGAAGCUAGUCAUAGAGCACAUAUGUUGAUCAUAUCAACAAGACUGGAAUAACAUAUAACAGUAUUACUGUUUUUCAUGGUUUUGCA